UACUCAUUCGAGACAGAGCCCCGCUGUCUCAAAAUUUUUGGCAUGAAAUUUUGAAACCCUCCCUCCCUUUACAAUUCCACAGCCCGCCCAAUCAACCCCGAAAAUUCCAAAAUUAAAACCCCAAAGUUUUCAAUUCCCCCCAAAUUCCCAAGCCCUAAUUUGCUAAAUUGCACCACCCGUCCCUCUCUCAGAUUCAGAUUCACAUACCCUAGUACCCCCUCCUAGCUCUGUGAUUUCUAGGUUUCCAAUUCCCAAACCCACGAAUCUAGGGUUUUAACAAUUCUCCGUCGAAUCCUGAUCCCUGGUUUGCUGUUCGGUUCCAUGGCGUCCGAAGCCCUAGAGGAGAAGAAACCCGAGGACGAAGCUCCGGUGGCGGAGAAGCCGGAGGCUGAGGCCGAGGAGGUGACGAAGGAGGAGGCUAAGGAAGAGGAGCAAGAGAAAGAGGAAGAGAAGCAGAAGGAGAAUGUUUCGGAAGCUUCCGAGAAGGUCACUGAGAAGGAGGAGAAAGUUGUUGAAGAAGGCCAAGAGGAGAAGGAGAAAGAGAGUGAGGAAACUCCGAAGAAGACUACGAGGGGUCGAAGGGCUAGCUUGAAGAAGGUGGAGAACGACCAGACCGAGUCGAAAAAAAGAGGCAGGGACUCGGCUGCGAAGAAGAGUAAAGAAGCUAAGGCGGAGAAGAAAGAGAAGGAACCGGUGACUCCGGUGAGUGAGAGGCCCACAAGGGAGAGGAAGCUAGUUGAGCGCUACUCAGCUCCAGAGAGUGGGCGGUCUUCCGGGACUAAAUCCUUGAGCAUUGAGAAGGGUCACGGUACAGAACUUAAGAAUAUCCCAAAUGUGGCCUUCAAGAUGUCAAAGAGAAAAGCAGAUGACAACCUUCAAUUACUUCACACAAUUCUUUUUGGAAAAAAGGCUAAGCCUCAUAGUUUAAAGAAAAAUAUAAGUCAGUUUUCAGGUUAUGUGUGGGUUGAGAAUGAGCAGGAAAAACAUCGGGCAAGGGUAAAGGAAAAGAUUGAUAAGUGUGUUAAAGAGAAGUUGAUGGAUUUUUGUGACUUGCUUAAUAUUCCGGUUAAGGGCACUACAAAGAAGGAAGAUCUUUCUGUCAAGUUAUUGGAGUUCUUGGAGUCGCCACAUGCUACAACUGAUAUUUUGCUUGCUGAAAAGGAACAGAAAGGGCAAAAGCGGAGAAGGAAGGCUACACCGAGUAAGGCUGCAGGUUCUGGGGAAGCAUCACCAGAGACAUCAGCCAAGAAACAAAAAGAAACACCCAAUUCUGACAAAAAGCAGGAGUCAUCCAAAGCUGAUGAAGAGGAGGAUGAUGACAAAGUUGAAACUUCAGAUGUGAAGGAUGGCUCUGGUGAAGAUGAUGACCAUAAUAUGGUUAAUGAAGAAAGUGACCCCGAAGAGAAAUCUGAUGAAGAGCAAAAAGAACCAAAGGACCAGGUUUCGAGUCCAAAAAGUUCAUCCAAAAAGACUGUAAAAGAAGGCUCAAAGGCUAAAGCUGGUAGCAAAACAACACCUUCUAAGAAGAAAACCCCAGCAAAAUCUGCAAAAACUCCUACAGAAUCUGCCAAGAAAUCUAGUUCUACUUCGAAAAGAGGUGCAACUGAUGCUGAAGGACCUUCUGGCUCAACAACUAAAGCAAAGAGAUCAGCGAAAAAACAGAAGACUGAGAAGGAAAGCCCAAAGGAUACCAAGGAAAAAGCCACUGGCAAAAAACAGUCGAGCAAGUCCCCAGCCAAGGCUCCAGCAAAGGAUCAAGGAAAAGGGAAAGCUAGCAAGAAACCGAAGCCAGAGCCCACAAGAGAUGAUAUGCAUGCAGUAAUUGUUGAUAUUCUAAAGGAAGUAGACUUCAAUACUGCAACUUUAUCGGACAUUCUCAGGCAACUUGGUAUCCACUUCAGUGUUGAUUUGAUGCAUAGAAAAGCAGAGGUGAAGGCAAUAAUUACAGAUGUAAUUAACAACAUGACUGACGAGGAAGAUGAAGGCGAAGAAGCAGAGGAGAAUGCGGAAGCUGGUGAUGACUCAGACAAGGAUGAAGAAAAGGAUGACGAUGGCAAGGACAACGAUGAUGCUUAAAUCAUAGUUGGCCAGAGCUUAUACAUGACCGUCGCAUGCUGUGCAUUAACCAAAUAAUUUAUACUUUUCUUCAGAGGUGUGUGCCAUCAGCAGUUUUUAAGAAUCGAUACCUUUGGUGAUACCCGGGCCCUGUACCAUAUUAUUUAACUUCUUUGUAGUGUUGAGCUGACCGCAAAUUCAUAUGUUAGGUUUGGUUUUUUUAAGUUAAACCCCUUCCUAUGAGAGUUGUUUAGCUGUAAUCAUGACUUAGUUUUCACUUUUAAUAGAGUAGUAAGUGGGUUUCUUUUUCUUAA